AUGGCAGCCGCCGAACAACCGCAGGUCGAGAACCGACCCCCGCCUUCACGAAUGAGAGUCGCCCUGGUGGUACUCUUCCAUUCAUCAUGUGCUAUCUGGAGCACUAUUCUUUCCAAGUCUGCCCUCAAUGGUGUUGAAGCUCCAGUCACAUUGCUUGCGCUACAGACUACGAUACAGGUCUUGCUACUCACUGUUAUCGGAUUGGCUACAGGAUGGAUCAAGCUAUAUCGACCUCUUAAUGCUUGGAUUGCCCUACUACCUCUCACGGUCGCGCGUCUCAUCGGUAUCCUAGCCAAGACAUACUGUCUCGCUUCAGUCAACGCCUCCGUCUACCAAAUCGCCCGUGGUCUGCUCUUGCCGUUCACUCUCUUCCUGUCGCUGUUGGUUCUCCGACCUCGUCCUUACUACCCUCCCAUCUCCCUCGUCGGCUGCGCCAUGGUCAUGGCUGGUUUCGGAACCGGUAUGAUGGCCGACUACAGCCAGAUGCUCACUUCAGGUAAGGGAGUCCUGCUCGGUGUCGGAUCUAGUUUCACAACUGCCGUCGAGUCCGUCGUUGUCAAGCGCUUCCUCGGCAAGAGCCAGGAGGGUAUGUGGCAGAUGGUUUGGAUGUCCAACUGCAUGGCCGUCCUCUUCUACAUCCCUCUCUUCCCUCUCUCGGGUGAAAUGAACACCAUGAGCAGCCUCUUUACUGUCGAGUCUAUGGACGUCGCCCGCCAGUUCCUCAGCUCCGCCUGCUUGACUGGUGUCUCGGCCUUCCUCCUCACCAUCGCCACCUUUAUGCAGAUCGAGGUUACCAGCCCCACGACUCACAUGAUUGUCACCGCCGCUCGAGGUGUCGCCCAGAGCUCUCUCGCCGUUGUGCUUCUCGGCGAACUUCUCACUGCCGACCGCGCCGGUAGCAUGGCUCUCAUCCUUGCCGGAAGCGCCCUCUACGGCUGGGCCCGAGACCGAUACCAGCAGGCCAAGAAGGCCGCUGGCAGCUACCAACUACUUCCUCGCGAAGAGGAAGGUCGCGCCGAGAUGGCCGACAACAAGGAAGCUAAGGAUGUCAAAUCAUAA